GACUCCCAAAGGCAGAGGCAUGAUGGGACUUGUAGUUUGGCAACAGCUGGAAGGCCGCCGGUCUGACACCCCUGCUUCAGAACCACAAGUCCCAUGAGACAUUGCAGGGUUGACAGGUACAAGCAUGACUCCCAAAGGCAGAGGCAUGAUGGGACUUGUAGUUUGCCAACAGCUGGAGGGCCGAUGGUCUGACCCCCUGUUUUCAAAACUACAAGUCCAUGAGGCAUUGCAAAAACUGACAGUUACAAGCAUGACUCUCAAAGGCAGAGGCAUGAUGGGACUUGUAGUUUGCAGCAGCUGGAGGGCUGCCAGUUUGACACCCUGGUCUAGGGUG